GUGCUGUAUCCACUGUGAUAUGUCUCGUUCUUGCAUUUCUGCAUAUGACCGGGGCAGUACCUGUUGCUGAGUUAACAAGCGGAGCUCAAGCAGUAGGCCUCGCACAACAUAACGGCGUUAGUGCCAUAUACGGUAUCGCGGAAGACCCUGAUGAUAUCACCAAGCGAGACACGGGAGCUCAACAUAAAGCAAUAGGUCGCACAAACCAUGCUGGUGUUAGCACCGAUUACGGUAUCGCGGAAGACCCCUGACGCAGCGUGACACGAGCCAACAGCCUUGCAUCUCAAUCAUUGACGGGGAACUUACUGACAUGGUUCAUAUCAAAAAGUGUGUAAACUAAUAGUGACAACAAUUUCAAACUUGGGGCUCGAGCAGCAUGCAUGAUGAUUUAUGCCGUUUGUCUUGGAAUUUCAUGAUUUGUAUGUUUUCGUUUCACCUGCCAAUGCAGUUCUUUUGGUAUGCGUGGACUCGUCAGAAAAAAUCUGAUUCCAUAUGGCAGGGAGG